AAUAUAGCUGUGUAUUUAUCUAACACUACCUUUCCCCUCAAAAUACGGGUUUUUACAACUUGUUUAUACUACAUCAAAGUUGAACCUGCUGAUCUCAUCGUGAAUUGGUAUGUUCCACUUCCGGUUUUUCUCACAACAACUCAGGGCACAUGUAACACCGUAGGUGGUGACUUCUCGCGUAUUUACCGAUUACGACCAUAUACAAUCAUUUUGGGGGGACGAAUUUACUCUAAGAAGUGUUAUGGGGAAGAAGAAGGCUGGAGGAGGAGCAGGACUUGGCAGAGCUCUGAUAAAGGAGAGACUUCAGACAGGACGAGGCAACAAGAAGGGGGACACAUGGCUGCACACGAGUGAGCUGAAUGAUGGUUAUGACUGGGGAAGGUUGAAUUUGCAGUCAGUGACUGAACAAAGUUCCAUGGAUGACUUUUUGGCAACUGCGGAAUUAGCAGGAACAGAGUUUGUAGCUGAAAAACUUAACAUCAAGUUCGUACCAGCAGAAGCUAGAGCGGGUUUAUUGACACCUGAGGAGAAAAAGAGGCUGAAGAACCUUCAAGAAGACAACAAGCAUUUUCUCAGAAUCCCUCGACGUCCUAAAUGGGAUGAAAGCACCAGUCCUGAAGCUCUGCAGCUUGCAGAAAAGGACAGCUUCUUGGAGUGGAGGAGAAAGCUUGCGCAGUUGGAAGAGGAACAAAAAUUGUGCCUCACUCCGUUUGAGAAGAAUUUAGAGUUCUGGAGGCAGCUGUGGAGAGUCAUUGAGAGAAGUGAUGUUGUUGUUCAGAUUGUGGAUGCCAGAAAUCCAGCAUUGUUCAGAUGUCCUGACCUGGAGUUGUAUGUAAAAGAAGUGUCCGAGAAUAAGGUGAACAUGCUGCUGGUGAAUAAGGCAGAUCUGUUGACGAAGCAACAGAGGCAAGCCUGGGCCUCUCACUUUGAAAAAGAAGGCCUAAGGGCAGUUUUUUGGUCUGCCCUGGCUGAAAGUGACAGGUUGGAGGCAGAAGAAAAGGGCAUUGAGCUGGCAGGAUCUGAAGAGAGUGACCAAGAAGAUGGAACACAGCCAGAUAAUGAAGAUUUGAGCUUGAAUAGGGUUGAUGGCAUGGAUAAGAAGGCAGAUAACAGGGAUAAGAUAACAGUCAAGGAGGAGGAGGAGGAGGAGGAAGAGGAGUGGUUAACAGCCUCUGAAGAUGAGUGGCAGGAAGAGGAGGAUGAUGUUGGCAAAUCCAAUGAGGUCCCCUUCCGUAAUUCCACUCGCCUGCUGCAUAAGGACGAGUUGUUGGAGAUGUUCAAGAUGGUUCACAAUGGGCCCAGAUGUAAAGACGGACAGCUGACAGUCGGACUGGUUGGUUAUCCUAAUGUGGGGAAGAGUUCAACUAUAAACACCAUUUUAAGAAACAAAAAAGUGUCAGUUUCUGCAACUCCUGGACACACAAAGCACUUUCAGACUUUGUUUGUGGAGCAAGGUCUGUGCCUCUGUGACUGUCCUGGUCUAGUUAUGCCGUCCUUUGUCUCCACCAAAGCUGAUAUGAUCUGCAGUGGGAUCCUACCCAUUGACCAAAUGAGAGACCAUGUACCGGCAGUCUCUCUCGUCUGCCAAACAAUCCCCCGGCAUGUAUUGGAGGGCACAUAUGGCAUCAACAUCAUCAGGCCACGAGAGGAUGAAGACCCUGACAGACACCCCACCUCAGAGGAGCUGCUUACAGCUUAUGGAUACAUGAGAGGCUUUAUGACAUCACAUGGCCAGCCUGAUCAGCCCAGAUCUGCUCGCUACAUCCUGAAGGAUUAUGUUAAUGGAAAACUUCUGUACUGUCAUCCUCCUCCUCACAUACAAGCUGAGGACUUUCAACCACAGCACCGCACAUUCCAAAGAAACGAGUUGGAAAACUGUGACCUCACUUCAGCAAGUAACAAAGGAAAAGUCAAGAGGAUCGAAAAUACAGUGGAUAAAAACUUCUUUCAUGCGGAGAAUGUGCGAGCACUUUCCAAAGGAGUCCAAGGUGUCAUGGGCUACAAACCAGGCAGUGGAAUCGUGGCUCCUGGAAAAGCUGCAACAGAGACGGUGGUGGGAAAACCCUGGAAGAAACACGGCAAUAGAAACAAGAAGGAGAAAGUGCGUCGGCUUAACAAGCAUCUCGAUGCCUGAUAUUUAAAUUUAAUCUCAAAGAGAGUUUGAACUGAAUGAAGGGAAAAAAAACCUAUAAUAAGUUUGUGUUCAGGUCUUUGAAAGCCUGAAAAUCCUGAAGCUGAUGUUAACUGAUGGCACGAAUCUUUAUAAUGGACUGGUAUGGUUUGUAGGUCAAUAUAUGGAAAACAUUCCAUCCACUGGAAAAUAGGUUUUAUAUCAGAGCACACGGAUCAUGACUAAUUAUAAAGUUUGGAAUUUGUACUUUUACAACAAUUAACAGGAACAGGAAUUCAACCUGUGCAUCAACGUAUGUAGACUAAAUAUCUUUACAGCAAAAAAUUAUGUGUCAUUGUACUGGACAAAAUUUUGAGACUGUCAUAAAUGUUUUGGGUUCAUAUAAUUGAGUUGUAGAUUUUCAUGACUCACAUUGUAACAAAGUGACGUAUGUUAAGUGUUGUAUGCCACACUUACAGGAGUAAUGAAAUACGGUAAAGGGAAAAGCAACUUUUCUAAAAUAGGUAGGACUGGUAAAUAGUAAAACUUUUACAGGGCAGGACAAAGCACCCAGAGUAAUUUGAAGUCUAAAAUGUUUUUUAUUUUACACAAAAUGUCUUUAAGAACUACCAAAGAUGAUCAUAUCCAAUGUUUAGUCUUUGUGUUUAGAUGUAUUCGUAUCAUAAAUAUAGAUGACUUUUUUUUUUUUUUUUUUAAUGAAACAUUUCAGACGUUUAAUUUUAGCCCAUUGACCACAAACAUAUUCGUGGUUCAAAAUGUUAACCCGUAGACUUGGUUAACUUUAUCUCUUUCCUGUCUAAAACAGAAAGGGAGGCUAAACUACCUACAGGGGAAACUUUAUAUUCCUAUCCAGUCCCUUACCAGGCCAAUUACUGGAGGCACAAAGCCUGGGAUUCUUGUGGGCUUUUGUAUAAACUGAAAUGAAUAAUUUAUUAAAGAUUAUUAGAUGCACCAUUAAUCCUAACUUUAAAACAUUCUCAAAACUAAAAACGUUUUCAUAGUUUAUAUAUAUAUGUGUGUGUGUUAGGGCUGUCAAAAUUAUCGCGUUAACGGGCGUUAAUUUUUUAAAUUAAUCACGUUAAAAUAUUUGACUCAAAUAAAGCAGAUGCCCAGCUCAGACACAUUUAAAUGACGGUACAGUGAGACGCUCACUUGUUAAUUGUUUACGGAGUUUUGCCGCCCUCUGCUGGCGCUUGGGUGCGACUGAUUUUAUAGGCUUCAGCACCCAUGAGCAUUGUGUAAGUAAUUAUUGACAUCAACAAUGGCGGGCUACGAGUUUAUUUUUUGAUUGAAAAUUUUACAAAUUU